AUGGCGGAUCGGUUAACGCAGCUGCAGGACGCGGUGAAUUCGCUCGCAGACCAGUUCUGUAAUGCCAUUGGGGUGUUGCAGCAGUGUGGGCCCCCAGCCUCCUUCAGCAACAUUCAGACAGCAAUAAACAAAGAUCAGCCUGCUAAUCCAACAGAAGAGUACGCCCAACUGUUCGCAGCAUUGAUUGCACGAACUGCAAAAGAUAUUGAUGUUCUAAUAGACUCCCUGCCUAGUGAAGAAUCGACAGCAGCUUUGCAGGCUGCUAGUCUGUAUCGAUUAGAAGAAGAAAAUCAUGAAGCAGCUGCCCGUCUGGAAGAGGUAGUUUAUCGUGGGGAUAUGCUGCUGGAAAAGAUACAGAGUGCCCUGGCCGAUAUCGCCCAGUCGCAGCUGAAGACGAGGAGCGGGACGCACAGCCAGUCCCUGCCAGACUCGUAGCGCCAGGGGGCAGCUUGCCCUUGCAAAACCGGACUGCCUCAAGCCGCGUUGGAAACGCAGCUCGGUGUCCACGGGGAGCUGUGACACCCAGCCCAGCUUUCGUGGGACUCUUGAGUGCUCUGAUCCUCGGUAACAACGUCUUUUAUCAAAGCUCAGACUGCAGGUUUUGUAUGAGAAACACUUCUAUUGUAGAAUCGGUGGUUCUGUUCUAGAAUU